AUGGACCGAGUAAGGGUUUAUUCCGCUCAUGCCUUUUCUGCUGUUUGGUGUGGUGUCUGUCCGGACUUGGCAGGUGUGGCAGAAGGAAGGUCUCAUUCGAGAGAAGAACUCCGAAGUGGCAGCGUUGAGGUGAGUGAGAGUGGCAGCGUUGAGUGGAAGGGGAACAGCGAUGAGAUAUUCAUCUCACAAAUUCCUCCCUUGCUUGCUUUCGUCCUCAACAUUCCUUCUUCCAUUUGCUCUCCUGGCUUCCACCGCUGCUAUAGGCGGGAGCGGGACGGGGCAGUGGCAGAGAGCAAGGCGCAGGCGAGUCAGAGGGAGGCGGAGAGGGCGGAGAUGGGCGCGCAGAUGGAAAGGCUGCAGAGCCAGGUGGCUGACGCGGAGCAACGGCUGAGAGACACUCAGAACCAGCUGCGGCUGGUACAAGAGGAGCUGUGGCAGAAGGAGGACGCAGUGAAGGAGGCGCAGGGGUGGGCGGCGCACGGACAGGACAUGGAGGCCCACGUGGCAGCCAUCACAGCAGCCAAUCAGAGCCUGCAUGGGGAACUCAGGGAACGCACGGACCAGUGCCACCACCUGUUUGCCGUCACGCACCAGCUCAGGCAGCAGUUGGCGGAGAGUGAGCGCUACCACAUGCAGCUGAUGCAGCGCCUGCACAUGGAGAACACGGACCUGCGCUCCAGGCUCGGCGCCCUCCCUGCUGCCGCUCCGGGCACCACUGGUUCGGCAGUGCCAGGCUCGGCAGCAGGCGCAGGCGCAGGAGCAGGAGCAGCUGGUGUUGGUCCAGCAGGAGGCGCUGUGAGUGCUGGAGGCAAUGCGAUUGCAGGGGGGCAGGUAGCUGCAGCAGCAGGAGGCACGCUGGGGACAUCUGGAGGGGGCAUUGGAGGGGGCGUAGGAUCAGGGAGAGAAGCAGGAGGGGUUGUGCAAGGAGCUGGGGUAGCUAUGGGUGGCGCUGGUGGUGUUGGCAGCAAGGACGGGAAGAGCGAAGCAGCAGCAGCACAGCCAGGGCAGGCCCACCCCCCUAUGGCACCACACGCCUACCUCAUCCGCCCACACUUGCCCCACCCCUUCUACGCUGCACCCAUGCAAACCCUCGCUGCCAGUCCCAUCACGCAGCGAUCGCCGCCACGAGGGGUGGAUGUUGGGCUGGGAGGCGUGGCAUACGUGCCUGAACGCCCUAGCGGGGAGGCCUCAGGUGCAGCAGAAUCAGAUGCAGGUGCUGAAGGGAAAGGGGUGAUGGAAGAGAAUGUGGGGAUGGACUCCCUGCCUGCGUCGGCUAUGCUGGGUGCAGGAAGCACUGGAGAAGAGAGAACGGAGGGUGCAGCAGCAGCAACAGCACCAGCACCACUGCCAGCAGCAGCAGCAGCAGCAGCAGCAGAAGAAGAAGCAGCACCCACACCCCUCACAGCACCAACCCCACCUCGCCCCAAGCCCAUGAUGCCCCCGCUGCCCCCGGGGGCUCAGUUGAAGGACGACAGGGCGCUGCUAACGUGCAUUGUGCGCACGCUCUCCGCUGACAGAGGCGCCAAGGCCCUCAUCUCUACCACUGUUGCGCCCCGCCUCGCCCGCCUGCUUGCUCCGCUGACUUGGGCGCAUUAUGAGCCUCUGUACGGGUCGCUGCACCAACUCAUUGCGUCCAAGCCCGAGCUGUUUGGCAUGGAGGGACCAGACCAUGUGUUCCUGAGAAGCAACGCCCAUGCCAUCAUCGCCACACUCCCUCUCCACCCCACCAUGCCUCUCCCCCAUCCCUCCUCCUCCAUCCCCUCCCCCGCCACCUCCCUCCCCCUCGCCCUCACCCCCGCCGCCCCUCGCCCCCUUGCGCCGCGCUCACCCCCACCUGAUGCGUCCAUACCUGCUGGUGCUCUAACCAAUCCUGGUGUCAGUUCUAACCCUGUUUCUUCAGCUGCUGCCACCGCCGCCACUGCUGCUGCGGGUGGUGGUGGGGGUGGAGGGGGCAGUGAGGAGGGUGUGUUGAGGCGUGAGGUUGUAGGGCCGGGGGUGGAAGGGGCGGGGCGAGGCAGCCGUCUGUGGUUUGCCAAUGCUGCUCGGUGA